AUGGAUUCAUCAAGUUCUACGAUACAAAAUCAAGAACUCUAUUUAGCUAACUCCAAAUUUGAAUCGUACGAUGAAUUACUGAAGAGUUUAAGAGAUUUUUAUUAUGCUAAAGGAUAUGGAGUAUCUAUAAAAGACUCAAGUAAAGAUAAAUAUGUCACGUUGCAAUGUGACAGAGGCGGAUCCUAUCGAGAUAGAAUGUGUAUUGGAGAUAAAAGGAAGAAAAAUAGUGGAUCUCGUUUGAUCAACUGCUCCUUCCAGAUUGUAGGUAAAAAAGGAAAUGAUGGUUUUUGGGUACUUAAGGCAAAAAACUUGACUCACAACUAUGAACCGUCUACUGAUAUCUCUGGGCAUCCAUCAUUUCGUCGAUUAUCACCAAAUGAUGUACAAAGUGUAAAAAACAUGACGCUUUCUGGCAUACCCCCAAGGCAAAUUCUUUCUUCUUUACGUCAACAAAAUCCAAACAUUCCAGCAGUCUCACGAACUAUAUACAAUCUGAAGGCUAAAAUCCGCAAGCAAAACUUGGGAAAUCGAUCAAUGGUUAGUGCUUUAUUUGAAGAGUUUGAGAAAGAGGGUUUUAUAUAUGAUAUUUUACAUAACUCAGUAGGGCAUAUAACCCAUUUGUUCAUUGCACAUCCUUUAGAGAGAGAGGAUGAAGAUAGUUAUAUUUGGGCAUUAAGUGUGUUUAAGAAGACUCUUGAAAACCAUGAACCAUCUGUGAUUAUGUCUGACAGAGAGUUAGCAUUAAUGAAUGCCAUAAAUAUGGUAUUUCCGAACACAACAAACCUUUUGUGUAUUUGGCAUAUUGAAAAGAAUGUGUUGGCAUAUUGCAAAAAGCAUUUUGCACAUGGAGAAGAGUUUGAUCUAUUUAUGUUCAAUUGGAAUAAUGUAGCAUAUUCAACAACUAUAACUAUUUUUGAGCAAAAUUGGGCCAAAUUUGAGUUGUUUUAUCAGACGAAGAAAGUUGCAAUUGAGUACAUAAAAAAUACAUGGUUGCCUUGGAAGGAAAAGUUUGUUAGUGCCUGGACAAAAAAAUAUUUGCAUUUUGGUAAUCGGUCGUCAUCAAGGGCUGAAGGUGCUCAUGCCAAACUGAAAAAAUAUCUACAAGUAUCAACAGGUGGCUUUCAAGAUGUUACAGAAAAGAUUUGUCUUGCAAUCAAACAUGAAUUCAACGAGAUUAAAGUGCAACUAGCAAGUGAGAAAAUCCAAGUUCUACGUAAGUGUGAUGCACCUGCUUUUAGAGAGAUUUUGUGUCGUGUAUCUCAUUUUGCAUUAAAAGAGAUAUAUACGCAAUAUGAAAAAAUAAAAAAUGGUACAAUGACUCCUUGCACCGGUCAUUUUAUGGCAACAAUGGGUCUUCCUUGUGUUCACAAGCUAAAACACUUACAAGGAAUGACAAAUCCAUUGGAUCUCAUUCAUCCACAUUGGAAGAUUGAUACAUUACGACUGAAUUUAGAAGAUGAUUCACAUAAUGAUGACACUAAAGAAUUUGAUGAGUUGAUCAAUGAGUUAUCCUCAAGAUACAAAAUGUAG